UAAUGUUCUAGGGUUUCGACUUUAGGAAAAAUCGCGAACGAUGCGGAAGGGACCCAAUGGAGUGAGAGUCUGUUUUGGAUUAGGAUUCUGUUGGUUGCAAUCCGAUAUCCGUCCACCCGCAAUUUGAUAAGGAUCCGCAAUUUAAUAGGGAUCCGAUUGUGAUUUUGACUGUCUCUAUUUCACAGCGCCGUCACCUCUCUCAGAACCCUAUUUCCCAUUCAUCUCCGUUCUUCCAUCGCCUUCACACGGAAAACGCUCUGCUCGCUCUAUUCAUCUCUGUUCUUCCUUCGCCUUCGUCCGGAAGACGCUCUGCUGGAGUAGGUUGGAGCAGAUCGACAUAAAUCUGAGUGAUAAUUUUCUUGUGGAGUGAGAUGUUCCAGCUUGUCCGAAGAAAUGAGGAUUAGUCGAGCAUUAUUUGGCUUACUCAUGGAACUUCAGGAAGAAGGAAAAAAAAAAGAAACAGAUCCUUUAGCGUUUGGCAUGGGAGGAAUUGGAAAGAUUUAAUGUCUUCGAACUAGCUUCACAAAGUGAGUCUGCUGUACUGAGUUCAGCAACUCAAAAGUGGCGAGAUUUCUAAAACAAAUUGACCAACAGAUUUGUAUGGCCGAAUAAGAAAAAUCCUGAAAAGUUAAUUUCUCCCCCAAGUCAGUAUUAGCUCACAAUAUCAGAUUGGAAAACAUUUGUGGAUGCGAGAUUGGAUCCAUCAUGGGAGGUAUAAUUUAUAAAUUGUCAUGUUUCUUUUAAGAACUAUUCAUUUUCAUACUUAAUUAAAGACCAUAAUAAUGUAGGUUAUUCAUGAAAAACAAAAAGAACAUACCAUGCAUUGUAAAUAUUACCACAGAAUGUCUCGCAAGGGUUACAUCGGCUUGGAGGUUGAACUUUAAGUUAUGAAACAUUCUAUUUGUCAUUUUAAGCAAAUUUUUUAUGUUCUUAAGCUGAUGAAUUUAGAAUUAUAGAGAGAGAAUAAUAAAUUGCUGAAGACGAGGAAGUUGAUAGAUCAAUGCUUUGGCGUAAAGCCCGGGAAGACAAAUCUGGUAACAUAACAAAUGUGGAGACGUAAGAAGUUGCAGAAAGAAAUUAUAAAUGUUUAGUUUUAUUCAAUCUCUGUAUUGCCUAGAUUUGUAGUUUUUUGAUUGAUUUGUUAUGUCUCUAAUUGUAGGAUGAGUUGUUGGAAAAGAAAGAGAAAGGACGGCUUAAAUCUUUUGGAAUGAAUGUUGUGCUAACCACUACCUUAGGAAGCCAAGAACAUUAUGGAAGGGUUAGAGGUGUGGGAGGAUUCGUAAAACCUCAAGUCUACUUUAAAACUCCAAGAAAGAAGAGGGAAUCAGUCUUAAACACUAUGGUCGAAAACUUCAAAGAACAAUUGGAAGAGACUAAGAGGUUAAAGGUUGAAUUGGAGAAAUUGAAGGCUUAACUUGCUAGUGUUAUGCUAAUCAUCAAUGAUCGAAGUUCCGAGACUGCAGUAUUGCACAAGGGCUCAAACAUGAAAGAUCCAAAGGUGUUAGAUGAUGUGGAAGAAGUUUAUGAAUACGAUAUUUCAAAUAUAAAAGUUCUAAAUUUCUUGAUUUCUAGUCAAAUUAUUUUUUUUCACUAUAUAUAUAUAUAUAAUAUCUUUUUAUUCUUAAAAGGGGAAGAAUGCCACCUAGCUGUAAAAUAACUUGAAAAUGUGGUGGCGUAUGACGCAAUAAUAUUAGGAGGCAGAUUUUUCAAUUUUUCUAGGUAUCUGUUGAUGUUAUCUUAGAUGAAGAAGCAAAGCUUCCAAUUCCAAUUAAGUCUGGACCAAGAAUCAACAAAGAUGCAGUUGGAGUCAUUGUUGGUUGGCCUAAAGAGUUGGUAAUUUUUCCAACAACAAAGGUACUGUAAGUUUCACUUAAUUUUGUGUUUGCAGUUUUUAUAUAUGUUGCUUGGACAAUGGUUUAAUUUAUAAAACUUGUAUGAAUAUUCUAAAUUGGAGAAGAAGGGAAAACCUCAACCAUUUGCUCUAUCGGAUGUUCUUGGUCAUCGUGACAAGUUCAAGGAUAUAGAAAAGAUAUUAUCCAUGGCAUGCAAGUAUAUUUAUAUGUUGAUAGAUUGAUGAAUGAAUCGGAGAGCAUAUAUAUAGAGUUUAUGGACACUAUGUUUGGACGUCCUAAAAGUAUACGGUUGUUAAGAGAAGAUAUCUUGUGUUUUAUAGAAAUGAGAGAGAUAGGUCUCAGACAAAUUUUGAUUUACAUGGGUUACCUCUAUAAAUAUUUGAGAGAUGAAGAUAGGGCUGAUUAUAUUUCAUUUGUGGAUCUCGGCAACUUAUCUACAUGCCCAUUUGGUAAAGAUGGUCGUGACAUAUCACAACAUAUUGUUGAGCAGUUGGAAGCAGUGUGUAGAGACAGCAUCUGCCUCAUCCCAUACAACACAGGGUACCAUUGGAUCUUGACUAUCGUCAUUGAAGAUAAAAAUAUGAUAUAUUUAUUGGAUUCUAUGUCUAAUAGAAAUCGAGAUGAUGUAUGGAAAAUUAUGGUGACCAAUGGGGUCAAGAUAUACAAUGUCUCAAAGGGUAUUACUAAAGUACCAGAUUUUAAGCAAUUGACGGGUAAUCUCAAAUAAAGUGAUUCUGUUGAAUGUGGAUAUUGUGUGAUGAGGUACAUGAAAGAGAUAGUUGAAUGUGAAAAUCCACAGUUGGAGAAGAUGGAAUAAUCAAGCAUCAAUAUUACAAUCAAUUUCAAUAUGAUGAAGUUAGAAGUGAAUGGAGCGAAUUCAUCUACUCGUAUCUAGGUUCCUAAAUGGGAUAUGUACUUUCGGAUAAAUAUUUUAUUUUACAUUAUGGAUUUUUGAACAUACAUACAUGUGGUUAUACUUUUGGUUAUGUAUUUUUUA